AUGCUUCUUAUUCUCCUCCUCCUCCUCUCCUCAUUCUUCUUUUUUUUCUUCUUCUUCUGCACAUCCUUCGUAUUCUCCUCCUUCUCCUACUCGUCCUUCUUCUUCUUCUUCUGCUCCACAACAUUCUUAUUCUUCUCCUCCUUCUCCUUCUCCUCCUUCUCCUCCUCGUCCUUCUUCUCCUUCUCCUCCUUCUCCUUCUCUUCUUUCUCCUCUUCCUCCUCCUCGUCCUUCUUCUUCUUCUUCUUCUUCUUCUUCUUCUACUUCUUCUUUAUUACUCCUCCUCCUCCUAUUCUUAUUCUCCUCCUCCUCCUCCUCUUCCUUCUUCUUCUUCUUCUUCUUCUUCGGCUCCACAACAUUCUCAUUCUCCUCCUCCUCCUCCUCUUUCUUCUUCUUUGUGUCCCACGAGAUUACAAGCAAUCACGGACCACAGCCACGAGAUUACAAGCAAUCACGAACCCCAGCCACGAGAUUACAAGCAAUCACGAACCCCUACCACGAGAUUACAAGCAAUCACGAACGCCAGCCACGAUUACAAGCAAUCACGAACCCCAGCCACGAUUACAAGCAAUCACGAACUCCUACCACGAGAUUACAAGCAAUCACGAACGCCAGCCACGAGAUUACAAGCAAUCACGAACCCCUACCACGAGAUUACAAGCAAUCACGAAUCCCUACCACGAGAUUACAAGCAAUCACGAACCCCUACCACGAGAUUACAAGCAAUCACGAACCCCUACCACGAGAUUACAAGCAAUCACGAACCCCAGCCACGAGAUUACAAGCAAUCACGAACCCCUACCACGAGAUUACAAGCAAUCACGAACCCCAGCCACGAGAUUACAAGCAAUCACGAACCCUACCACGAGAUUACAAGCAAUCAUGAACCCCAGCCACGAGAUUACAAGCAAUCACGAACUCCCUACCACGAGAUUACAAGCAAUCACGAACCCUACCACGAGAUUACAAGCAAUCACGAACCCCUACCACGAGAUUACAAACAAUCACGAAUCCCUACCACGAGAUUACAAGCAAUCACGAACUCUACCACGAGAUUACAAGCAAUCACGAACCCCUACCACGAGAUUACAAGCAAUCACGAACCCCAGCCACGAGAUUACAAGCAAUCACGAACCCCUACCACGAGAUUACAAAACAAUCACGAACCCCCAGCCACGAGAUUACAAGCAAUCACGAACCCCCAUUCACGAGAUUACAAGCAAUCACGAACCCCUACCACGAUUACAAGCAAUCACGAACCCCUACCACGAGAUUACAAGCAAUCACGAACCCCUACCACGAGAUUACAAGCAAUCACGAACCCCAGCCACGAGAUUACAAGCAAUCACGAACCCCUACCACGAGAUUACAAGCAAUCACGAACCCCAGCCACGAGAUUACAAGCAAUCACGAACCCCUACCACGAGAUUACAAGCAAUCACGAACCCCAAUCACGAACCCCUAGAUUACAAGCAAUCACGAACUCUACCACGAGAUUACAAGCAAUCACGAACCCCUACCACGAGAUUACAAGCAAUCACGAACCCUACCACGAGAUUACAAGCAAUCACGAACCCCAGCCACGAGAUUACAAGCAAUCACGAACCCCAGCCACGAGAUUACAAGCAAUCACGAACGCCAGCCACGAGAUUACAAGCAAUCACGAACCCCUACCACGAGAUUACAAGCAAUCACGAACGCCAGCCACGAGAUUACAAGCAAUCACGAACCCCAGCCACGAGAUUACAAGCAAUCACGAACCCCUACCACGAGAUUACAAGCAAUCACGAACCCCUACCACGAGAUUACAAGCAAUCCCGAACGCCAGCCACGAGAUUACAAGCAACUACGAACCCCAGACAUAUAAUAUUAGCUUACUGUUAUCAUCAUUUGUAG